AUGGAGCUUUCAACCCUAGAAGGCGGAUCGAAUAGCACAUUGAUCAAUUCAAAUGAAGGCAAUGAAGAAUUGAGUGUGGGUGAAGUUGUUAUUCAAGAGAGGUCUAAGAUGUUUUUUAAGUUGAGUUAUUUGGAAAAAUCUGCUGAAGAUUAUGAUGAAUAUGAUGUUAAUAAUAAUAAUAAUAAAAUAUUGCUACCACCACAUGAGUUUAUUGCUAGGAGGCUAGCAAGGAGUCAAAUAUCAGCAUUCUCAGUAUUGGAAGAUGUUGGAAGAACACUCAAAGUUAUAGAUCUUAGCAAAGUGAGGAAUGCUGUUGUUACAAAAACUGAUUUUUUUAAAUCACUAUGA